UCAGUGACGUCACUCCGGUCUCUAAUGGCUGAACAACAACAACUGUCGGCGGGUGACAAAGUUUCCCAAACUCCCGCAGAGGCUGAAGAAAGUUGGAAAUAGCGGAUAGUUUUUUUUUUGGUCGCGUCGCAGUUUUCGCGCGUUUCUCUGUUGAUUUUCUUUCCGUUUCUUCGGUUUGUUGUGAUCACUGAUGAGGGAUUAUUGAUGGAUCACAGAUAUGACAUACCGCGGAGGGCCGCCGCCGCCGCCGCCGGUGGUGGAGGUGGAGGAGGAGGCGGCGGGGGCUCCGCGAACUCGUCCCCGGCUCUCGGGGCUCAGUCGCGCCGCAGGAAGAUGCCGCCAAGACCCGCUGACUUUAAACUCCAGAUCAUCAUCAUUGGCUCCCGCGGUGUCGGUAAAACCAGCCUCAUGGAGAGAUUCACCGACGACACUUUCUGCGAAGCCUGCAAGUCCACCGUUGGAGUUGACUUCAAAAUCAAGACAGUGGAGCUGAGAGGGAAGAAGAUCAGACUACAGAUCUGGGACACGGCCGGGCAGGAGAGGUUCAACAGCAUCACAUCAGCCUACUACAGAAGUGCCAAGGGAAUAGUGCUAGUGUACGAUAUCACAAAGCAGGAGACCUUCGACGACCUGCCCAAAUGGAUGAAAAUGAUAGACAAGUACGCCUCAGAGGAAGCAGAGCUCCUCCUGGUCGGGAACAAGCUGGACUGUGAGACUGAUCGUAUCAUCUCCAGACAGCAGGGAGAGAGGUUUGCUUCUCGAAUAAGUGGAAUGCGCUUCUGCGAAGCUAGUGCCAAGGACAACUUCAAUGUCGACGAGAUCUUCCUGAAGCUUGUGGAUGACAUCCUUAGCAAGAUGCCUCUGGAAGUUCCCAACAGGGAGCUUUCCAACAGUGUCCUGUCUCUGCAGCCUGAACCGGAAGUGCCUCCGGAGUUGCCACCUCCCCGCAUGCGCUGUUGCUGAGAGUCCGAGUGGUCCACCCCCCCAUCCUGUGUACACACACACACACACACACACAUAGACACACACACACUCAGCUCACACAUGCAGAGUACCAAUCUGGCCACCAGGGGGCAGCAAACAGCAGCAGUUUGGGUUUAUUGACUGCUGAUGUAAAGAUGCAUGGACUCUCUUAACAACCAGUAUUGUUAUUAUUUCUUCUCCUGUUUUGUAACUGUACACUAUGGCACGUACUACACUAACACUUAGGCCUGGUGAAUCACCCACUUCCUACCAACACUUCUGUCUACACUUGACCCCAGACUACCUCAUUCCCCCCGAAACGUUUAGGCUAGCUGUGCCCCGCAGGUGCCUUCGAGGUAGAGAGCCCUCUGGUAGCAGUUGCACAUUUUACAAGGAGGAGGAUUAUUGAGGGCCUUACAGCUUCUUCUCUUCCUGUUUUCUUUAAAAAAAAAAAAAAAAAAAAGUCCUUACACAUACUGUACACUAAGUUUGACAUUGUCUGAGUUGCCCCGAUGGUCUGGUAUCUCUGCAUUAUCUAGCUUACAGAAAAAGGGAUAAUAAUCUUACAUCUCUUCGGCUUAGUUUUAAAACUCUGGGUCUAGGUACAGUAGUUUUAUACUCUUAUUAAUAGAUAUUAUUACCAAGUUGACUUGAGGUAAACAAAAAAGCACAUGAUGUAAAUACGGUGUGUUGCUGUAAUGACUGGACAAGGUGCAAGAUUUUUUGUAGCCAGCAGUAGGCGGGGUUGUGUGGUGGUGAUCAUAUCAGUUUGUAUUCCUUUGCCUUAAGGUAUUAAAGCGGCUGGAGCGGCUCAAUUUUCACAUUUGUAUAAAUCGUAAUGUUUUGCACUACAAUCCAUCUUUACCUAGUUAAGCUGACAUGUAGAAGAUAAAAAAGAGAAAGCACACGACUCGUAGUUUAGCACUAGUGAAGAUCAAUGUUGCCUCGCUUAGCGGCCGCUCUGAACUCUUCCACGCCACCGUUGAAGAGUGCGAUGGCGGUGCAAGGAGAGAUGGGUAAUGUAGUCUUUUGAGGGAUUGGUGUUUUCACAGGGGGCAUUCUCUCUCUCUCUCUGUGUGUGUGUGUGUGUGUGUGUGUGUGUGUUGCUGGCUUUUUUAGGGGAAAACAGUAGUUAGUGCGCGCCACACACACACACACACACACACACACAUAGUUUUGGCCUUUUGGUUUUGUUACUAAUCUUGCAAAGUUGUUUUUAUUUUUCAUGGUUUUUUUUUCCUCUGAAUUCAGAAACAGCUGAGAAAAGAAUGUGUGUCUCCUCUUUUUAUGGGGGGGGGAGUGCAGGAAGGUUUGUUAUGUUUUUGAAUGACUCAGGAAACUCAUAUCUGCUCAUGUUGACAGGCUUUUUUACUGUAGACUUGAUUUGAGUUACAUAGCAAAUAAAUAACGUCUUUAUAAAGAUACUACUUUUUAGAAGAGGUCAGCUGUUUUGAGUUUAUGAUUUGGGGCAGUUUGUUACAGACCAGUGUGGAGACAUCCCAUCACUUGCACAUCUAAAAAACAAACUAGGCUAUGCAUGUUAAGCCCUCCUGCGUUCAUAGACAUUAAUAAUCAUUUAAUUCUUCCGUCUUUUUUUGUUUUUUGUUAAACGAAUGCAAUACUAGCGAUGUAGCACUGUGAGUGUUUCUGUUUUUGUUUUUACAUGUCGAAGUAAAAGCCCGAGUCUUGAGGAUGAGGAUGAGGAAGGACGAGCCCAUUCAAAGGACCUGAUUUAAAAAAAACUGACUGUUUUUUGGUUAAAAUUGGUUAAUUUAACUUUCUGUUGAUGUCAAGCUUUUGUGGACUUGAACUGGCACAUUAUGUAUUCUAACAAAUGCAUAGAGUUCAUACCACAAUAAAGAUGUUGAAAAUGUGAGACCUUCACUGACAUUCGAGCACAUCUCACAAUAAGAUCAUCAGCCAGCAAACAACGUGCGCACACAAAUUAUCUGCAACUUUAUCUCUCUCUUGUGUUUUAAAAUAAAAAAAAACCCAUCUUUUGAUGUUGUUGUUUUGGAAUCAAACCACUCAUUUGUCCCCCUGACUUUUAGCAUUUGGCACUAACCCUGUGGUCUCUGUUUUAAUAACAAAGCCUUAUUACUACUCAGUGUUUUUUCAAUAUACAUUUUAAACGAUGCUUUUAUUUUGAAAUGUGUACUUUAAAAGAUGGAAGACUGUACUUUGUAUUAAAACCUGUUAUAAGUCUUUGAAAAGUUUUCGGCAUGUUUAAAGCGGAUUUGUGGUAUUUAUAACUUGUGGCAUUCUUGAACUAAUGAAAUGCAAUUAAAGAUAUCUAUAUUUAUUACCAGA